UUUCCUUGUUUUGAGGAUAAACCUCUCCUCUCUUCUCUCUCUCCCUCCUCUCUCUCUCUCUCUCUAAAAUGUUAUGAACCGUAGUAGGUGAGUUGGUGAACAUUUCUUGCCUUACAAAUAGAAACGUCGUAAGAGUGGUGGAAUUCGUACUUCAUUUCAGCUGAGACUCUAUAGUUGUCUUUUCUCAUCCCAAACGACCCUAAUUAGCUUUUACCUUACUAUCACACGUACACGCGUCAUUAAAAACAAACCACCACCGUCGCCGGAAAAGUCAGCAUGCCGUCGGUUCCCGGCCAAACAGUCUGUGUCACCGGCGCCGGGGGCUUCAUAGCUUCAUGGAUUGUCAAAUUACUCCUGGAAAAAGGCUACAAUGUUCGAGGAACGGUCAGAAAUCCAGAUGAUCCGAAGAAUAGACAUUUGAGAGAGAUGGAAGGAGCAAAGGAAAGAUUAACUCUGUGCAGAGCUGAUCUUCUUCAUCUCCAGAGUUUAAGGGACGCCAUUAAUGGUUGCGAUGGUGUUUUCCACACUGCAUCCCCUGUCACUGACGACCCGGAAGAAAUGGUGGAGCCGGCGGUGAACGGAACAAAGAACGUGAUAGCCGCAGCGGCGGAGGCGAAAGUCAGGCGCGUGGUGUUCACGUCGUCGAUCGGUGCCGUGACCAUGGACCCUAACCGGAGCCCGGAUACCGUUGUCGACGAGAGUUGCUGGAGUGAUCUUGAAUUCUGCAAGAACACCAAGAACUGGUAUUGCUACGGAAAGGCGGUGGCGGAGCAGGCGGCGUGGGAGGAGGCGAAGGAUAAAGGGGUUGACCUGGUGGUCGUGAACCCAGUGCUAGUAAUGGGCCCGUUGUUACAGCCCACGCUGAACGCCAGCAUCGUUCACAUUCUCAAGUACCUGAAUGGCUCGGCCAAGACUUACGCCAACUCGGUCCAGGCCUACGUGGACGUCAAGGACGUGGCCCUGGCCCACAUUCUCGUCUACGAGACUCUGGCCACCUCCGGUCGCUACCUCUGCGCCGAGAGCGUGCUCCACCGCGGUGAUGUGGUGAAGAUUCUGGGCAAGUUCUUCCCGGAGUAUCCCAUUCCCGCAAAGUGCAAGGAUGAAACAAAGCCAAGGGUGAAAUCGUACAAAUUCUCAAACCAAAAGCUCAAGGACUUGGGUUUGGAAUUCACCCCGGUGAGGCAGAGCCUAUACGACACCGUAAAGAGCCUACAAGAGAAGGGUCACCUCCCAAUACCUUCACAACAUGACGAAUCCAACAUUAUUCGUAUUCAGUCUUGAAAUUUUCUUCUUAUUAUAAAUAAGCCCCUUGGUUCAAUAAAGUUUUUACACUAUUCCCCCCUUUUUUCCUCGCACCAUCCUCCAAUUGAUUAAUUAUACACUUGUGAAGUUUGAAUGGCAUAUGUGCUUAUGUAUGGACUGUGUAUUAUUGAUUUUCGUGGUAUUGCUUUUUCUUCUCUC